AUGUUGCUGUUUGCCAAAAGUGCUCGUUUUUCAGCCAGAGCACUUUGCAGCCAUUCUUUACCUCUGGCUGAACGUCUUUCUUUUACACGCUUGAACAGUACGGCUCGUGUUAUUCCAGAAACACAAAAAGCAGUGGUUUACGAGACCCAUGGAGGGCCCUUGCUUUAUAAGGACGUGCCUGUGCCUAAGCCUAAGCCAAACGAGUUGCUUGUGAAUGUGAAGUACUCUGGAGUGUGCCAUUCUGAUUUGCAUCUUUAUAAAGGUGAAUGGCCGUUUAAGGUUAAGUUACCGAUUGUGGGAGGCCACGAGGGCGCUGGAGAGGUGGUGGCGGUUGGCGAUGCAGUUAAAGGCUGGAAAGUGGGUGAUCUUGCUGGUGUGAAAUGGAUCAACUCGCUGUGCCAGCUGUGUGAGUAUUGUACUUCAGGGCAUGAACCAGUUUGCUCAUCACUGGUGAUUUCUGGGUGUCAUCAGGAUGGCACGUUCCAGCAAUACACUGUGGCAGAUGCCAUUCAGGCUGCUAGGAUCCCUCAGGGCACGAAUUUGGCUGAAGUUGCACCCAUUCUUUGUGCUGGACUCACAACUUAUAAGGCAUUGAAGGCUUCCAACGCCAAGCCAGGCAAUUGGGUGGCCAUUGUUGGUGCUGGAGGUGGUUUGGGAAGUUUGGCAGUCCAGUACGCAAAGGCAAUGGGAUUUAUGGUGGUGGGUAUUGAUGGUGGAACAGAUAAGACACAAUGGGCCAAGUCUUUGGGCGCUGACGAAGUUAUUGACUUCACAAACACGCCUGACUUGCCCAAGAAGGUUUUGGAAGUAACAGAAGGCGGCGCCCACGGCGUGGUGAACGUUUCUGCUUCUUCUGAGGCUCUUCAACAGACUAUUUCUUAUGUGAGACCAACAGGAUCGGUGGUUUUAGUUGGCAUCCCAGGCAAGCCGUCAUUAGAAGUGCCCGUGAUCCCCACGGUGGCUAAGAAUCUUAAGAUUGUCGGUUCACAAGUGGGAAACAGGAAAGAUACACUGGAGGCAAUUGAGUUCUUCACUAGAGGCUUGAUCAAGUCUCCAGUUAGAGUGGCUGGCUUGUCUGAGUUGCCUAGGAUUUUUGAUGAGAUGGAAAAGGGUAUCAUCUUGGGACGUUACUCGGUUGAUACUUCGAGAUAG